AUGGCCGAAAUAAAUGCUUAUCAAAGAAUCUUGGAAGAUUUGCGACAAUUACAACCAACCGAAAUUGUGGCAUAUCCGCCACCUUAUACGAUUACCGCAGGCUUGGAAGAAAAAUUUGAUUUAAUCAAUGCUGCCAUAGAAAGGUCCAAGCGCAUUGAUGACCGAAUAUUAAUGCUAGCAAAUGUCUACUAUUUAGGACAUUUUCUGGAAGUAGAAAUUCGGGAUAAUACAAGACGCGGUCAAUUUCUACAACAAUUAUCUAUACAUUUCCGGACGAUUGCUAUCCGAACCUAUUAUAUAUUUGAGGUCUCCUGA